GUUGAUCACCCACGCUCAACGAUGAUGAGGUAAGGUGAGGUGCAAGAGGCCGAAGCCGUGUGUAAACGGCCGUAGCGCGUCUGCACGGGAUGGCAGCGGCAGGGCAGCGGCAGCAGCAGUCGACGGCAUCAACACGCUCUCCCCAUCCGGAUCCAUCGAUUGCGCACAGCGACUGCGCGCCCCGAUGAGGAACCCCGUGGCCUGUGUCUCGUGCCGCAGCGCAAAGCAAAAGUGCAUCCACAACGACGCGCCGCCGUGCGAUCGCUGCCGGCAGAGCGGCCGCGCAGCGCUGUGCGAGUUCCCAGCGCCAGGCACCUCAGCAAUCCACCGCAGGCCAAAACGCCCACGGCCGUCCGAGGCUUCAGAGACGCCCGGCGCGACUCCGCCGGGCGUCUCAAGCGCGCCAGCAGCCGCAGUGCCUCGUGACGGCCGCAAUGACGCGCGCAUGCCGAGUCCCACUCGUGCCGCGCCGCCGCUGAGCCCGCGAGCGGCAUCUGCGCUGCUCGCCGGGCUAGACCCGUUCGACCUGGUGACGGACGAGGUCAAGACCAGCUACCUGCGCUGCUCGUACAAGUGGAGCUUCCACCACGCCCCAACGCUGCUGCGGCGCCUCCGCGACCGCACCCUCGCGCCGUACCUCGCGUGGGCGCUGCUGGCGCUGGCCGUGAGAUUCGUGAAAGACGCGCCCGACGGCUUCGGCUCGCAGACCGAUGCCAGCAAUGCCUACGCCGCCCGCGCCCGUCAGCUCCUCCAGGGCGACCUCGAGACGCCGAGCAUCAGCCGCGUCCAGGCCCUGCUGAUGCUUACGGGGCACGACUGGGGCGCCGGCAACGGACGCCGCGCGUGGAUCUACCUGGGCAUGGCCAUCCGCCUGGUCGAGGUCAUGGACCUGACACAGGAGCUGAAGACGCCGAAGAACCGUAUGCCGACGCGCGACGAGUUCAUCGACGCCGAGGUGCGCCGGCGGACCGCGUGGACCUGCUUCCUGAUGGACUCGCUGCUGAGUGGAGGCAAGGGGCGCAAGAGGUCUCUGAACGCCGCCGACAUGGCCAUCCAGCUGCCCUGCGAGAAGGACGCCUUCGUCUUCGGCGAGCCGACCUGCACACAGCGGCUCGACGGCAGCCUUCACAUGCCAUCGAUUGCCCUGCCCACGGGCGACAUUGGCAUCAUUGGGUACAGCAUGCGCGUGGCCAACAUCUGGGGCAAGGUCGCGCGCUGGGCGUGCACCGACGACUUCAAGACGGAGCUCCCUUGGUCGCCCUCAUCACAGUUUCAGCAGCUGGUCCACGAGCUGGAGCGCUGGAAGAGCGACCUGCCGCAGCGCUCACGAUACGACCUCUUCUCCCUGCACAGCCACAACGCGGUCGAGCAGGGCCAGGCAUACUGCUACAUGCAUAGCAUCUACUUCAUGAGCUACAUGUUCCUGCACCGCGCCUACCUGCCCGUGCUCGGCCCCCAGCAGAACGGCACAGCGGGCGAAGAGACGCCGAACUCAUACAACACCCACACUGACACGUGGAAGAGCUGGCAGAAGACGUCGCGGCGAGAGCUGUUCAAGGAAGCAACCAUGGUGCUGGAGAUGCUUGAAGAGAUGCGCACGUUCGGCGUCUUCUUCCUGCGGGGUCUAGUGCCGUGGAUUGGCUUCACCAUCUACACAGCAGUCGGCGUCAUGCUGUAUUCAUUCAGCUUUCCCAGCGGCGAGGACGACCCAAAGAUUGUCGAGAGGGCGCGCGAGAGGGUCAUUCAAGGCUGCACUUUCUUGAAGGAGAUGAAGACACAAUGGCCAAUGGCAGCGACAUGGUUCGAGACGAUCAAGCGCAUGCAAGCCUACUAUCGCUCCGUGCUGGGACAAGACCCUCCUGCUUUGCCUGAAGAGCGCAAAGCACUGAGAAGGGCGAUGAUCGACUACGGCGCCCUCCAGCCCUCGCCGGUGCAGAAGCCGCCUGAGGGCAACAAGGGUUCUGACACGACCAUUGUCCAGACCGUCAUCUCGCCGCCACCGCAAGAGAACAAGUUCCUCGACGUUACAAUGGGUCCUAUUGAACCUAUGUUAACACCACCCACGGCCACGCCGACUUCGAACGGCUUUCAAAGCAAUGCACGCUCGUGGAAAAUGCCCAAUGUGGCACCUCUGGAGCUCGAUGAGACGUUUAGCUUCGAAGAGUUUGAUUUGAGCAAUGCGGACAUGGAAGAAAUCAUGAUGAACGCAACGCAUGACUUCUGGGCCAGCUUUCCGGGCGAAGUGGGCGUUGGCUAUGGGAAUGACUAUGCGAGCAGCUAGUUACUUUUUGCAACUGUACAACUUGUAUUCUUACUCCACGCAGCUCACACAGUCACAUCUUGUGCCGUCGGCAGCCGGCAUCCUCACGAGUCAGACUAGUGCCAAUCAGCGUCUGCCCCGACCCACACCCUCGGCUAUAACCCCAUAACCCCAAUACUCACCCCACUGCACUAGGUAACAAACCGUCGGGAACCCCUGCAGACGAGAUUCAUCUUCGAAGUGUUCAUUUACGACGUUACUGUUGCAGUUUGAUUGACUGAUCGAAAAAG